GAAGUAGCGGACAGAGAGAGAGAGAGAAAGGAAUCAAGGCUUCAGACAUUUAAGAAGACGCUCGAAACGGCUGAUUCAAUAAAACCCGAACCUUGCCCAUUUUAAUUGCGAAACGUGAACCCAGAGCAGUUGCUGGCAGGAUGGCUGCGGACUGGCUGGGGAGCCUGGUUUCUAUAAACUGUGGGGAGACACUAGGAGUGUACCAGGGGAAGGUGUCGUCUGUGGACCAGGGCAGCCAGACCAUCUCUCUGAGACAGCCCUUUCACAAUGGGAUGAAGUGCCCUGUGCCAGAAGUCACGUUCAGUGCCAUGGACAUCAAGGAGCUGAAGAUCCUGGAGAUCCCUGGUGGUGGAGCCCCAGCUGGACAGACAGACUUGGGCUCCACUGCCCACAACGGGAGGAGCACCAAAGGGCCUGGCAGUGCCCCCAGCAGUGCCCCCAUGUCUGUGCCUCGCAAAGGUGAGCUGAGAGCACAAGAGGGGCUCCACUCGCCACAGCAGUGUUCAAAAAGCUACGGUGAUCGCCACCUAGAGGCACUCGGUCUGGCCAAAGGCUUUCGCCGGCGGCACAACUCCUGGUCAUCAAGCAGCCGGGGCAACAACCAGACGACCCCCAAGAAGAAUGGCAUGAAGAACAAGGACGACGAGUGCUUCGGGGACCCUCUGGAGGAGAUCCUGGACACAGACUUUGACUUCGAAGGGAACCUGGCGCUGUUUGACAAGGCGGCUGUCUUCUCUGAGAUUGAGACCUCUGAGAAGCGCAGUGGAGCUCGGUCCCGCGGCACGCCCAAUGAGCGCACCCCUGCCCGCUACCGGCACGACGAGAACAUCCUGGAGGCAGAGCCCAUCGUCUACAGGCAGAUAAUGGUACCACAGAGCGGGGGCAAGGAAUACUGCACUGAUGCUGGCCUGGUGGUUCCCAGUAUCUCCUAUGAGCUGCACAAGAAGCUGCUGUGUGUGGCAGAGCGGCAUGGGCUCACGCUGGAGCGGAGGCUGGAGAUGGCGGGUGUGUGUGCCAGUCAGAUGGCUCUGACCCUGCUUGGGGGCCCCAACCGGCUCACCCCUAAGAAUGUGCACCAACGCCCCACGGUGGCCUUGUUGUGCGGCCCCCACGUGCAGGGUGCUCAGGGCAUCAGCUGCGGGCGCCACCUCGCCAACCACGAGGUCCAUGUCAUCCUCUUCCUGCCCAACUUCGUUAAGAUGCUGGAGUCCAUCACCAACGAGCUGACGCUCUUCGGCAAGACUGGUGGCAAGCAGGUCUCCAGUGUGAAAGAUUUGCCAGAUAGCCCAGUGGACCUGGUGAUAAACUGCCUGGACUGCCACGAGAACUCCUUCCUGCGAGACCAGGCGUGGUAUCGGGCGGCCGUGGACUGGGCCAAUCAAAACCGUGCGCCAGUGCUGAGCAUCGACCCGCCGGUGAGCACACAAGAGCAGGCCGUCGAUGCAAAGUGGUCCCUGUCUCUCGGCCUGCCCCUGCCCCUUGCCGAGAGUGCGGGUCGCGUGUACCUCUGUGACAUUGGCAUCCCUCGCCACAUAUUUCAGGAGGUCGGCAUCAACUACCACUCCCCCUUCGGCUGCAAGUUCAGCAUCCCCCUACACUCCACCUAGCACCGCCCUGGCUUUCCCCAGCCCUCUGCUUUCCAACGGGACAGCGGCCAGAUUAAUAAACGGUCUUCAAAACAACCAGAAAAGAGCUUGAACGUUUGUCUUCAGCAUUGAAACUGUCUCCGUGGUCUCUGCCAUGCUCAGGUGGAGAGUAAGCAAAGGGUUUUGUUGGAGCUGUUCUCUCGAUUCUAGCCCUGUUAAUGUGUGCUGUCAAAUGGAGCAAGGACAAAAAGGAAUUGCAUUUACAGAAAGACUAUUAAGUUGUUUACAGAGCAUUAAUGCAGCAAAGUGUAGUUACUGUUGUAAAGGCAUGACUGAGGCAGGCGAUUAGAAAGGACUACUUGCACUCAAGUUUAAAUGGGGACA